CAUAAAUGCGUGACUAAUUGAUUACAUAAAAUGAUGCAUUGUUGCCUGCAGCUGCUUAAAGCAUUCACAAUGGCAAAUAAAGAAAUGGAAUGUCACACGCUGAUGUGGCACAAUUCAAUCAAUUAGAAAUUGCACAGUCAUUAUUUAAAUUUUUAACCUAAUUUAAAAAUAAAAAAUAGAGUGUGGCAGCCUUGAGGCUACCUCACUUACCGUGGAAGAAUGCACAAAAAACGCGAGGCAGUUGCUGAUGUGGUGCGAGGCAGAUACUAUGUGGUAGCGUGCUGGCUAAAAUGGCACGUCGUUGCCAUUGCUCUUAGUCAAGUCAGUUUCGAAAGAGGUAAAAUUGCUACAAGGGUGGACUAUUGCUGGUGGAGUAAGCUUUAUUAUGGCGGGAAAACGAACCGCCAUAUAGUGGCUCAGUACUCUGUCGGACACUCGCUAGGUUUCGCUGUUCCCCACCUCCAUCUCCGCCGAGCUCCCGGUGCAGGAGCCAUGAUCUCCAUUCUCAAGAAAUACUUUGGGCACUCGGCAUUUCGGCCCUACCAGAAAGAAGUGAUCGAGAAAAUCGUCGAUGGAAAAGACUGCUUGGUUGUCAUGGCCACGGGCAGUGGCAAAUCACUCUGUUAUCAGGUGCCCCCUUUGAUCACUAAAAAGGUUUCUGUAGUGAUUAGCCCUCUCAUAUCUUUGAUGCAAGAUCAGGUAAUGGCCUUAAAGGAAAGAGGCAUUAAAGCUGAGUUUCUAUCGAGUGCCCAGACUAACCGCAGUGUGCAGAGCGAUGCUGAAUCUGGUCAAUAUGACAUUUUGUACAUGACUCCUGAAAAGGCUUGUUCUAUUCCUACCAGUUUCUGGUCUAGCUUAUUGAAAUCAGGGAUUUGUCUUUUGGCUGUUGAUGAAGGACAUUGCAUUUCCGAGUGGGGCCAUGAUUUUAGGGUAGAGUACAAGCAGUUACACAAAUUGCGCGAUGUUCUUACAGGGGUUCCUUUUGUUUCCCUCACCGCAACUGCUACGGAAAGAGUUCGGAGUGACAUUAUAAAUUCCUUGGAGAUGAAAGACCCUCAUGUUGCUAUAGGCUCUUUUGAUCGCAAGAAUAUCUUCUAUGGAGUCAAAUCCUUCACUCAUGGCUCUCUAUUUGUCAACGAGCUAGUAGAAGAGGCCUUCAAGUAUGCAGAGGAUGCGAGUUCAACUAUCAUAUAUUGUACAACAAUUAAAGACACUGAAGAGCUCUUCAAGUACCUCAUUGGAGCAGGAGUCAGGGCUGGAAUGUAUCAUGGCCAGAUGUCUAAUAAAGCACGUGAAGAGGCGCAUAGAUCAUUUAUCAGAGAUGAAAUCUAUGUGAUGGUUGCCACUGUUGCAUUUGGUAUGGGUAUUGAUAAACCAAAUGUAAGGAAUGUGAUACACUAUGGCUGCCCAAAGAGUUUGGAAUCUUAUUACCAGGAAAGUGGAAGAUGUGGCCGAGAUGGGAUUCCUUCAAUCUGCUGGCUUUACUACACAAGAAGUGACUUUGCUAAAGCUGAUUAUUACUGCAGAGAAGCAUCUUCAGCAGAUCAGCGAAGUGCUAUCAUGGAAUCAUUUAUUGCCGCACAACAUUAUUGUUUGUCCACAACUUGCAGGAGAAAAUAUCUUCUAGAAUACUUUGGAGAGACAUGUGCUUAUGAUGACUGUGGGAAUUGUGAUAAUUGCACUAGUCCAAAGAAGGAGAAUGAUAUGUCAAGAGAAGCAUUUCUCCUUAUGGCAUGCAUUCAAUCUUGUCGUGGUCGCUGGGGCUUGAAUCUUCCUGUGGACGUUCUUCGUGGUUCUCGAUCAAAGAAAGUUCUUGAAGCUCAGUUUGAUAAGAUUCCAUUUCAUGGACUUGGAAAGGAGUUUCCUGCAAAUUGGUGGAAAGACCUUGCCGAGCAAUUGAUUUCACGUGGAUAUUUAUUUGAGACCUAUGAAGAUGUGUACAAAUUUGUAAGUGUUAGUCCAAAGGGAUCAAAAUUCUUGAGAUCGUGUAACCCUGAUUACCAACCUCCAUUACUUCUACCCAUUAGUUCUGAAAUGACGGUUGAUGGGGGAGGUACAGACACAUCUACUGAAAAUAGAGGAAGCCAUGGUUUGACUACGGAAUAUGAAGGGCUGUCUCAGGCUGAAGUGCAACUCUAUAAAAUGCUCUUGGAAGAGAGGAAGAAGGUUGCAAGAGCAAAUGGAACUGCACCGUAUGCAAUUUGUGGUGAUAUUACACUGAAAAGGAUAAGUUUGACAAGGCCUUCUACGAAAGCAAGGCUAGCAAACAUAGAUGGCGUAAACCAGCACUUUAUGAAAACAUAUGGAGACCAUUUUCUUCAAAGUGUUAAACAACUGUCUGAGGGACUGGAUCUCACUUUGGAUGGAGAGAAAUGCAGUCAAAAUGUUCAGCCUUCUGUUUCCACUAAUAGGAUAGUCACAUUACCUGGCAAUAAGAAAUUAACACCGGCAAAGUUUGAAGCAUGGAAGAUGUGGCAAGAAGAUGGUCGUAGCCUCCAGGAAGUUGCUAAUUUUCCUGGGAGGGCUGCCCCAGUAAAAGAACAAACUAUACUCGAGUACAUCUUUGAAGCUGCACGUGAGGGAUUCCCUGUUAGUUGGAGCAGAAUUUUUGAUGAAAUUGGGUUGACAAGAGAGAUAUUCUCCAUGAUUGCAACCGCUGUCUCCAAAGUUGGCAAAGAGAAGAUGAAACCUAUUAAAACUGAGCUCCCAGAAGAGGUGAGUUACCCUCAGAUUAAGGCAUAUUUGGUGAUGCAAGAGUUGGGAGUUUCAGACAAUGUAUUUACAUCUAACCAGCCACAUGACCCCACAACUGGUGAAUGCCUGGAUGAGCUGUCAAAAGUCGAAGAAAUAAUAAAAAUAUCAAAUGGCGACUACUCUUCUUGCGAGGAAAUCAAUCUCCCGGCUGAGAGUGUGGACGUGGAGGAGGAUGAUAUGUUGCACUUUCCUGUAAAACGCCAAAAAACUGAUGGGACUGAGACAAGAACAUCCACAGCAAUGGAGGUAACAGAGGAAAGUUUACUAAGCUGGCUCAAGAAUUUUGAUGAUGGGGUGUCUAUUCCUGAUAUCUUGGAGCACUUCAACGGGUCCACCGAGGAAUCGAUUGUUGAGCUUCUGACUUCUCUUCAAUGUGAGUUCUUGGUAUUCAAAAAGAAUGGUCUGUACAAGCUUCUGUAAGCACUGGGCUGUACAGGGAAGAUUAGCCAUCUGUAAUUAUUUAGUCUUAGUGAUGAAAAGUUUUUUUUUAACUCUAGUGUUGGAGAAAUUUAACACAAUGUUUUUUUUGAUGGAUUUAAGUUUUUUUGGGGGGACUUAGAUUAGCCUAAUGAAGCCUGUGAUCAAAU